GAUAAAUAUGGUGAAAAUCAAUGAACGAAGUUCAUGCGCAGAAAGAACAGAUCCGAAUUUGCAGAAGGGAAUUCAAGGAAUUCAAAAAGAAAACAAACCUAUCCCACGUAAACGAGAGAAUGCUUACCUAUUCUGUGAAUUCCACAACAGCUGUACCUGUGUCGUCUGCUGCCAAUGAUCUGUGCAUCCAAAUUAAUAAAGGAGUUCUUUGGGGAUUGUGGGUUUAUGCGAUAGUAGCAAUACUUAUUAUAUCUUUGUUUGAGAAAAGGCGAUAUAAACAUGAAAUUUGCUUUGGGAGACCUGGACUACCUUUGCCCAUCAAUUUUUUGGACGGUACAUCUAAUUCAAUAGCCAAUGCAGCAGCGUUUGGGUGUACUCUUCAACAUAUAGUAUCGUUGUUAUCUACGGAAUUAAAAGUAGAUAAUUGGAUGUACUCAUUGGUGUUGUUCCUGUUAUCCUUUAUUGUUGCAUUGAGUUUUUAUCCAGUAUUUGCCUGUUUGAACUCACCAUCAAGGGUAUUUGGUUCUCUCGUUGGAUUUUUAUAUACGUUACUUCUAACAUUGAUGAUGUUUGCAAGAAAUUAUUUCUGUAAAGUGAAAGAAUGGUACUGGGCAAUCUAUGCUGCUACACUUAUCAGUGAAAUCUACAUUAUGAUUUUGUUCACGUACCGAUUUUUCACAGCAAUCUUCAAAAAAGCCAAGUUUCGCAACGAAGUCCUAGUAAAAAUAGAUCAGAUACAACAUGUUAAGGAGCUUUUGAUGAAGCCCAAAUCGCACUCGGAUAGGAAUGAUAUCAGACAAAGAAUUGUUUCGUAUUCGGAGACCGUUUUGACAGAAGCAAAGCUGUGUUGUCUUCACAAAAGCCUGUAUCGGUGUACAACAAGGACUCUUGCCAUCAAUACCAUUGUUAUACUUGUGUUCUACUAUAAUGUAAUUUUUACUUUUGUGGUUGAAGAGGAGUUAGUGAGAGUUUUAACUGCAGCACUGGUUUCAAACAUUUCUCCCACAACUAAUUUGUACCAACAUAUCACAAUCUUUGUAGACGUAAUAAAAGUGUCGUUGAUCAUCGGCAACAUUCUGUCCGCUGUUUAUCUGAUGACCAACAUGGUCCUUAUCUACCGGUCUCAGAGACAACAUCUCAUGAGAAGAUGGAGAGGAGACAAAUCUUUUAUUCCCAGUCAAUGCAAACUUGAUCACUCAGAAAUGCUGGUAAAAAGUUUAAUGUAUGCUGGAAACCAGGUUUCAUAUCUUCUUGGUGGUUACCUACUUUCCCAGGUAGUGAUUGUUGUCUUCUGCAUCUUCUUGGCAUAUUGUGUUAUUUUGCCGAUAAUGGAAAAGGUUCCAAGUGUGUUCCUGUAUCCUGUUGAAGUUUUCUUACCUGGUGUGUUGUUCAUGUUUGGUCUUCAAUUCCUACUUCGAUUCAUCAGCGGUCGUAUAUUCCUGCAGAACCAUUUCGUCAGUCGUCAAAGCGCUACAGACAUGGAAAAAGUAUUGGCUCUUGAUAACAGACGGGUAUACCAGAACCUGUAAUUUUUCCUGUUUUUCUACUACAUCCUGACUGGAUUGUACCGAUGUACAUACCGUGUGCUGACUUCUAUGUUCAUAAGUUUAUUCUACAUUGCACGUAUGGAUAAACCACUACUUGUUUCGGGAUUUGAACAGUUUGACAUAGGUUACAUGACCUAUCUGGGGUUUUUGGAGGUCGAACUUCAGCAUUGCCACCCAGUUGUAGUCGUGAGCUGUGAUUUGUUGCUGAAAUCUGUAAAUGCAUUGUCAACAAAACAGGAAACAAGUUUAGAGUCGCCUUCGUCGGACAAUAAUAGACGAGAAUUGUCCAAUAUGUACACACAUAGAAUUAGAAACAAGUGGCAAAAGAUGAUGACAUUAGUCUCCAAUUCGAAUCUUUGCAAAUAUUCAAAAACUAAUAAUUCUUUUGAACAGCAAAUUUCCCUCAAUGUUGUUUAAUUUGAUAAUUUUGAUGAUGUAUCAUAUUUUUCAAGACUGUGCACCUACAUGUAUGAUGUAUACAUAUAAAUCAUGCAUGGACAACACCAAAUAUAAAUUACGAUGAUUAAUAGCCUGAUUAAAUGUAUUUUUUAAUAAAAUACCUUUGAGAAAAAUAGUGUUGUUUAAAUUAAACGGGAGCACU